CUGGUAUUCCACUCAAGACGCGCUGACAUGGAUAAAGCACAAGCUUGCGGCGAUGGAGCGAAGAAACCAAUUUUGGUCAAACUUGUGCUUGUGGGAAAAGUUGGUGUUGGAAAAUCAGGUAGAACUAAGCAUAACAGUCUGUCCUCUGUCCAAUGUGUUUAAUUUUCACGCAUUUUUCAACACAUAUACUUAAAGUUAUGUGCUUUGUUAUUCUUCAUAUCUUUUGUUCCUUUUGCACACUCUCUUGUUAGCUUAAGUAACAAUAUUUUGCGGCGAAAGCUCCGUACACGUAUAUUAACCUAGCUGGUUACAGUACGUUUGAAUUCCGUUUGAAUUUCUUUCCAGCAAUGAUCGUGAGAUUUCUAACUAAGAGAUUCAUAGGAGAGUAUGACCCCAACGUCGGUACGUAUGUAGCUCUAACUCUGUUUAUUUUACAAUUCCUACAACCUUCACAAGUAACCGACAAUUCAUAAGAAAAAGCCUCUAAUGGAACAACCAAGAAUUUGUGUUUACACAUGCAAUCACCAACGCGAAGCUGUCAUGGCCGGCAAAGCAAGCCAUUGAAUUUCCAAUUUUUGGCUCGCGCGAUGCUCGAGCUAUCUUCAAAUUCUGGAGAUACAAGAUUUUCUUUCAUUUAGUCUUUUGACUUGUGCCGAAAGAGAAAAAAGAAUUAACAUACAUUAGCCGUAGCCGAGGCUUCUUUUAUCAAUAUUUAUCGGGUAUUAGUAGCACCUUUGUUUAAUGUUAGAGGUCAACUUUAAUCCAUUCAGUGUCGGAUCAUGACGCUCUUCGGGUACAUCAAAUGAUUAAAUCGAGUUGGUCAUCGGUUUUCUACCUUCAAAUGACUGAAUGUGUCUUAUUUUUACAGAACAUCUGCAUAAUUUGUCGUAAUCUUACGAAACACUUUUCACCGCUAAAUUUUAACCGGAUUGAUUAUGAGGUUAUUACAUUUUGUUAUGGUACGAUGUUUAUAUUCAGGCGGUGAUAACCAUUUCUCAAUUCCGUGUUAAGCCGAGAUAAGUAUUGUUGUACUAGAAUUUCAUGAAAAUUAAUUCUUUCCUUCUGUUUGAAUAUGAUGAUGGCUAGUUAGGAGUUAUCUCGCGCAGUUUACAUUCGCAAUGGCACUUUGUGCAGUUUUUUUCCAGCAAUGAUAUUCAUAAGAUUUGCAGGACGAGAAUUCUGAGUGUUUAAAGCAAGAAAACUUGAAAUUUGAUUUGGUCCAAAUUUGCAGCGGGUUCUGUUAAGCCAAUUGAUUUCAUAGCUAUAAAACCAUUCGACAGAUACAUGGUUAAUGUAUCGAGUGAAUAAAUAAACAAUAUAGAUUUGGUCCCAUUCAACAGCCAUCGAUAAGGUUUAUCACUUGCUAAAUCGGCGGAUCUUUAAUCAGCUUAAAUGUGCUUAUCACGAUUCAGUCUUAUCGAGGGUUCGUUGGAAAGAUGUGUUGUGUUGUGUUCCCUCGACGUAAAACUGAUUGACAAUGUAAGCCAGGAAAGGAAGGAAAGUACUAACCCUAUGGCGUAUACGCCUCCAUUAUCGCUUUUAUAUUGCACCAGGGCACUUGUUAAGUGAACGAUUUGCUUAAAAAAUAAUCAAUUGGGUGCAGUUUCGUUAUAUAAUCGCUCCAAAUGGGUUUAUCUGAAUGGUAGGCCUUUAACGCCUGUUUUUCUUUCCUGCAAAUUAUUGUUCAGUGGGCGUGCGUGUUUUUUCAUUUUCCAAAUUUCUCCAGGUUCAAUAUAUCACCAUCAUACUAGACUGGAAAAUCAAGAUGUCCGUGUGGAGAUCCUGGAGUCUGGAGGCAAGGUAUGGAGUGACAAAUAGAACACUUGUGCGUGCGCGCCGUGCUGUAGCAGUCGUUUUAUAGAGAAAAUGACCAGUAAAAAUGUAGCCUUUUCCAGGCAAACCUCCCUGACCUCUUGCUGGCAUUCUUGGUACCCAUUUACGCUCUUUCUUCUCGUUCAAUUAUUUUCUCGUCUCUACUAAUUGAGACCAUCAAAGAAAAGUGCAAGCGAGAGUAUACGGAAAAUUUUGAGAAAGAAGAGUAGUAAAUUUAUAGUGUGAGGGACGAAUGGAAAAAAAAAAUUUUUUUUUUAAAAUCUGAGUACUUAAGAAGGCGUGUGUUUAUAAUCCUACGAUUGUAGCAGUGUGCUAUGACGCCGAUCUUCUUAAUGCCUUCUUUUAAUGGUGCAUCUGAUUAAAAUUAUUUCUAAAAAUGAGAGUGUGAUUUUUUGACCCUCAUCCUAUGAUAAUACACUGAGAACGUUCGGAAAGGUCCUUUGAAAGCUGUUAUUAUUACUAUUAGUGUAAUAAUUGUUAAUAGUACUAUUAUUAUUUAAAAAUGUUUGAAGCGUUUGCUUCAAGAGCAAUUGUGCUCGCGCUCAGUUAAAUUAACUACACUGGCCGUAGGUAAACUGAUAAAAAUAGAAAAAUCGACGGACGAGAUGGGAACAUUAGUUGUAUUUAAAUAAAAUUGUAAAUUGUUAAGAAUUCCUUAGAUAAUUUUGAACUAAGAUAAAUGAUUUUAAUUCAGUUCAUUUGGGGGUAUUAACAGAAUCAUAAAGAUACAAACAAACUUUAUACUUAUCUAAAAGAGAUGAUCGCAGAGCCUACACGAGUGGGGCUAGUAUCUGGGUGCUAGUUAGCAGCUCAGUUACCAACGAUUGACCCUUUAUGGGACAGUGUUUAAUGAAACUGACACCCGUAAUCGGUCAAAUGGAACAGCGUACGUGAAGGUACACCCAAGGAUCUAAAUCCUGUUCCAGAAGUUCAGUUAAGUAAACGAGGCGUGGCAGUAAACGGCGCGAUACCAGGAGGGGAAAAAUGAGGAGGCUUGGGUCGAGUCGGUUCCUUAACCGACCCGAUCCAAACCUCCCAGGUUUUUUUUCACUCCUCCGCUGCUACUGCACCGUUUACUAUUUCGCUUUGUUUACUAAACGAAACAGGCUUCGUAAUCUAAAACUUGAUAAUCGUUUUCUCAUGGUUGAUAUAGGACUAUAUUGAGAAAAAUGACGUCCAUGCUCUGUGGGGAGACGCGUUUGUUCUGGUUUAUGCAGUGGACGAUCGAACAAGCUUUGAAGAACUUACUGCUGUUAGGAAUCAUCUGGAAAAAGUGCGAGAAGCUGACCAUCCUGUUCUGGUGUUGGUUGGAAAUAAGAGAGAAGUAGGGAGUGACCGAGUUGAAGUGUCGAAACAAGAUGGAAUCCAGCUUGCUGAAAAAUUGAACUGUUUGGCCUUUCACGAGGUUUCCACGAAGGCGAGCUAUCAAGACAUCGAAUUCGUGUUUAUAGAAGCAAUCCGAGAGACAAUGAAGUACAAAAUGACUCAACGGGUUCUGAACGGGGCAAGGAGAUCAUCUCACAGCAAAAUUAUGGAAAUGGUUGAGAAGAACGUGAGUCGAAACAGGGCCAUGUCAAGUGUUAAGGAGACCAUAGACGAGUAUUGCGCUACAAGAACUGAGGAGCUCACCCGGGAUUUGUCACGCGAUCGGAGCAGCACCUUUACAUGAUAUGCAUAGAUCGAAUAAUGUAAGUUUGCUCACGAUUUGCUGCGUUACUGGUAGAGAUCAGGAGCAUCACCAGUAAGGAAAAAAGCUAGAUGAGUGAGCAAGUUUUGACAACAUAUUUCAAGUUUCAAAUCUUGCAGGUAUUGAAGUUGAUUUGUCCAGAAGAUUGCGUUUGAUGAGUUAUGUGAUUGUUGGGAAUUGAUUUAGCCGUCAAUAACCCGCCCAAUGGACCCGGAAAUGUUUGGGUGUGAAAUAGGAGAAAAAGUCUUAUUCUGGAAAUCACUGCGUUCCGGGAACUCAAGAUGCAUGGUGCAUUAAAACAUUAAAUGACUAACUACAGGGAAAAAAUGUACACGAACGAUGAUUAGAAGAAACAGUUUAAAAACUUGAAUGAGGUAAUGCGAUAUAUUAAGUAUAGGCAGUCACUCGAAGAUGUAUUUUUCAAACAUCCCCCCCCCCUUCCCGGACAAGUUUAACAUACGGAAUCAUAUAUUUAUACAGUGUUUUAUUGGCACUUUUUUCUUUCAAAGACCAAUUAAUUACCAACUGUUUAUAGAUUCUAUACAAAUUAACAAACCUAAAACGUUACUGUUCAAGUAAAUAAUUUUAUUUAUAACAUUUUGUCUAACAUGUCAGAAUACCCUAGAGCCUUGUGUAUUCUGGAUUUGGUCUCUUGCUUUUUGCAGACUAAAUUAAUGCCUAGCAUAUAGACAAGAAAAGCAUUAUUAGUUCGUAUUUCUGAUAGAAAUCUUUCUCUACCCUAGGUCUUUGGAAUGGGAACGAGCCAAAAGAGGAAAGAUUUACAGGAAGGAGAAGCGAAACACGUAGGCGUUCCCUUCGUCUUUUGCACACCCACUUCAUUGAGCAUGGAGAUUUCUGAGUACUGCAUAGAGCUAAUUGCCCGGAAGGAGUUUCACUAAAGAAUCUAACAUAUGAGCAAUGGGGAAGGUUGCUGUAACCUGCGCAGCAGAUGAGUUUGUAAAUCGUGCGCUCCCAAAAACUAUGAACUGUGCAGACUAAGGUGGUGAUAAAAUUUCCAAGCUUGUCUUGUGGGGG